AUGUCGGAGCUUAAUGAUCCCAAAGCGGAUUUGACGGAAAAGUCGUCGAGACCUCUGGAUGCUCCUCCCAUAACACAAGAUGCAGUCUUUGGCGAGAUCACUGAAGCAGGGCCGAAUUACCGAAAUGUUGGAUGGCUAGGAACCGUGGCUCUCAUGAUGAAGACCCAGUUUGGCCUUGGGGUUCUUUCCAUUCCCCACGUCCUUGAUUCACUGGGGCUAAUCCCAGGCAUUAUAUGCCUGCUUGCGAUUGCAACCAUCACCACCUGGUCUAACUACGUUAUCGGCACUUUCAAGUUAAAGCAUCCGGAGGUGUACGCCAUCGACGAUGCAGGGGAAUUGAUUUUCGGCCGAGUAGGCCGCGAGGUCCUGGGUAUCGGAGUUUGCAUCUACUGGAUUUUCUGUUCUGGUUCUGGACUCUUGAGUACAUCGAUUGGGCUGAACGCAGUCUCAGCUCACGGGACAUGCACUGCUGUCUUCGUUGCGGUCUCUGCAAUCGCUUCAUUCAGCAUGGCCAGCAUCCGCACCCUGGGGAAAAUCAAAUGGACGGCGUGGGUUGGAGUAGGGUCGGUUUUCACUGCUGUUAUGAUGGCCACGAUCGCAGUCGGUCUCCAGGAACGGCCUCCAACAGCGCCCAAGGGCGACGGGCCCUGGGUAUCGGACUACAAGCUUGUUGGCCAUCCAUCGUUCACCCAGGCCAUUACAGCAGUCUCCUCCAUCGUCUUUGCGUACUCCGGUACUCCUGGAUUCUUUCCGAUUGCGGCCGAGAUGCGUAAUCCGAAGUUUUACACAAGAUCCCUACUUAUCUGCCAGUCUGCUGUAACUUCAAUCUACGUCUCGAUUGGUAUCGUCAUUUAUUACUAUUGUGGCUCAUACGUUGCAUCACCAGCCCUUGGAUCUGCCGGUACAUUGAUCAAGAAGGUCGCAUAUGGCAUCGCCCUUCCUGGCCUGGUAGUCAGCACGGUGAUUGUCCUUCAUUUUUCAAGCAAAUAUAUCUUUGUCCGCGUAUUACGAGGGUCCGAGCAUCUCACGGCCAACUCUUUCAAACAUUGGGCAACAUGGUUGAGCUGCACUUUGGCCACUACAAUUUCAUCCUACAUCAUUGCCAGUGCUAUCCCCAUCUUUGGCGAUCUGGUUUCCCUCAUCGGCGCCCUGCUGGGAACUUUCAUGUCAUUCCAGCCAAUGGGCUGCAUGUGGCUAUAUGAUAAUUGGAAAACUGGCCGGGAGCAACCAACCCUCAAAUGGAUACUGCUUGCAUCUUGGAGCAUGCUAGUCAUCGUUUCGGGGUCUUUCUUAAUGGUUGCAGGAACUUACGGAUCCGUUGUCAAUAUUAUUGCUUCUAGCAAGGCAACUCCUGGUUCUUCUGCGUGGUCAUGCGCUGAUAACUCGAACUCGUGA